AUGGGGAACGCCGAUGUGGUUUUCCUGCAAGAAGUAUGCCGCGAAGCGCUUGCGGCGCUGCUGGAAGAAACGUGGAUCCAGCAGCAGUGGUACACAAGCGACGUGGAUGGUACUGCAUUUAGGACUCAAAAGUUUAUCAGCGUCACGCUCGUGUCCAGACGCUGGGUAGCUACAGCUGGGAUCCUGCUCGGUGCCAUCUGGAGAGUCGCGUUGCCGAGCCGCUUCGCACGAGACGCACUGUGCUGCGACGUGGUGUUUAAUUCGGCGAGCGAGAAUGUCUGCCCGGGAAGGGAACUCCGGAUUCGGCUUGUAAAUGUGCACUUGGACUCGCUGCCAAUCAAUCCGUCGCUCAGGCCUCGCCAACUCUCCUUCGCGGCGUCGUAUCUUCGUGCUGCGGGCCGUGGUGUUAUCGCAGGCGACUUCAAUCCUGUUCUUGCGGAAGAUGAGGACCUGGUUCGUGCAAAUGGUCUUGUAGAUGCGUGGGUACAGUGUCAUCCGAGGGAGCCGGGAUAUACUUGGGGCGUAGAUGGUGAGCAGAGUUUCCCGCCAAACCGGCUGGACAAGGUGGCUCUGUUGAACCUGAGCCCUUCAGCCAUGGGCAUUCUGCCAACGCGCGAAGUUGGAGUCUAUGCCGGAGAGACGGCGGUUGGUGGGACGGAGUCGGCGUCAAAAGAGCAUUUUAGCGAUCAUUUUGGGCUGUGGUGUGAUGUUGCAUGGGCGGAAGACGGAGCUCAGCAGGAAUGA